UAUACAUUGUAUAUUUGGGAUGAGCCAUUUCCUGACAAUUAUAUAUAUAACGAUCGGAUUUUACUUCAUAAAGACAGUCACUAGAAGAUGGUUAUCACCAACGUUGCUUUAGAUUAUAAAGAAUGCUCCAUCCUUGAUGACUGUUUAUCGGAACAAACGUGUCACGCAGACGCAGAACUGAAUAAAAAUGUGUGUUACUGUAUCAAUACAGCUACCAAGGCUGAUAGAGCUGGAAAAUGUACUACGGGAGAUAUCAGUGUGCCUGGCCAUGGUCUAGAACAACAUGAUGUUAUACCGAUCCACAAUAUUCCUAAAAAUGUCCAUGGACUGGUUCCCGAUGCAAAUAACGAGACGAUGUCGACUUCACAUGGAAGUAAAAAUCAGACAAAUCCAACGCCACUGUCAACGCCACACAUUUCUGACAUCGAUUCUACAGUUCUGUUGCAAAUUUUUAUCCCGAUUACAGUAGCGCUUUUGUUACUGUUUUUGGUCGCAAUCUUCAUAGUGAAAAGAUCAAAGGCUUGUAAUAGAAAAUCGAAACGGAACGACAAGGUUAUCCGGAACAGCGAGGAUGUCCAGUUGCUAGACAGAAUGAACUUUGUUAACAAAAAUCCGACAUAUUUUUUCUCCGAACGAGGCGAGAAGGAUUCUAAGAAAAUCCCAAUCAACAAUAUACCGUAUGAUAAAGUAACAUUACAGGAUAUUGUCGGUGAGGGUGCCUUCGGUCAGGUUUAUAGGGGUCAAAACUUUGCAGAAAAUGAUGCAGGAGAGUAUGUCGCCAUUAAAAUUUUAAAAGAUGGCGUCUCGAACGAAGUGAAGGAAGAUUUUGAGCGGGAAGUUGAUAUUAUGAGUGCCUUUGAUCAUGAAAAUAUAUUGAAACUGAUAGGAAUUAUACAAAGAGGUCCGACUGAAACGCCUUACAUGGUAUUUGAAUAUAUGGUGCAUGGAGACUUGGCAGAUUUGCUCAGACGAAACGACCCAGCAAUGCGCUCAAGUGACAGAGAUAUAACACUGGAAAAGACUGACCUCAUAGAUAUUUCUACACAGAUUGCUAAUGGAAUGACUUAUCUGACGUCCAAACAUUUUGUUCAUCGUGACCUUGCAACCCGGAACUGUUUAGUUGGAGAAGGAUUUGUUGUUAAAAUCUCAGAUUUUGGGAUGGCACGUGAUGUGUAUACGUGUGAUUAUUAUAGGAUUGGAGGGUCCCGGAUGUUGCCUGUGCGUUGGAUGUCUCCGGAGAGUAUGAAGUAUGGACGAUUUACAACAGAGUCCGAUAUAUGGGCAUUCGGUGUGGUAUUAUGGGAAAUAUUCAGCUAUGGUAGACAACCAUAUUAUGGCCAUUCAAAUGAAGAAGUUGUUCGCUUUUUAGAUGAAGGAAUUAUGUUACAACGCCCAGACGAGUGUCCAUCGACAAUAUAUCAUAUAAUGCUGGGGUGCUGGAAGAAAAAUCCAAAAGAAAGAAUUCCUUACCAAAAAAUACACAAACAUUUAGUUGAUUUCAGCAAAGAAAUUUUACGUAACGUUCAUCAUCAUCGGCCGAUUCUGAGCAGUGAAAGCGAUCCAUGAAAUCAGCUAUUUGAAAAUCAAAACAUUACCUAUUUGUAAAACAUUGGAAUCAUUAACAAAGAUCCAAUGACGUAAUUGGUUUACGAAUUUAUAUCGUCAUGCGUUCUCUUGGACAUUACAGACGUGCUCUUAAAUGUUACACAGAGAACUGUGUUAUGUAUCAUAACAUGUGUUAACAUUGUAACGUGUUACCAUUGUAACAUGUGUUAACAUUGUAACAUGUGUUAAUAUUGUAACAUGUAUUGACCUUGUGACAUGUGUUAACAUUGCCUCAUGUAACAUGUAUUUACAUUGUAACGUUAACAUUAAUACAUUUGUUCACAUUGGAACGAGUGUUAACAUUGUGACAUAUGUUAAUAUUGUGACAUGUGUUAACAAUGUGUAACAUGUCUCAUGUAUUUACAUUGUAACAUUAACAUGUGUUGACAUUGUAACAUGUACCAUGUUUUGACAUUGUAACAUGUAACAUGUGUUAACACUGUAACAUACACUACUCAAUGUAAUAGUGUUAUACAUUGUAAUAAGUUAUUACUUGUGUUAUACAAUAAUAUGUGCUAUUCCUGUUUUAUAUUAUAACAUGUCCUCAAUAUUGUUAUACAUGAGAAAUAUAUAAUAUCAUGAGUUAUACAUUGUCACAUCAUAUAUAACAUUGUAUGUGCAACACAUUGUAACUUGUGUAAUAAAGUGUAACAAUUGUAACAUGCCGAUGAAAAAAACUCCAUGCACACAUAUGGAUAGCCUUACACCAAUUUGUUCCUGCUACGAAUCUGUAUAUUCAGUUUUAUCAAAGGGUUAACUGAAAAAUGAGUUCUUACUUAUAGAAACUUUACUGUUAUAUUUAUGUAUUGUUUACCCGUUGGGAAUACCGAAUUCGAACAUGUGUUUAUUGAUAACUAAUUGAAUAUAAUUUUAAUUUUUCCUGCUCAAGAUGUUGGUACUCUAAGCAGAUUCAGGUUUCUCCAAUUAAUAAAAAAAAGUUGCCGUCGUGAUAUAGCUAAUAGUGGCGCUGAACACAAUCUAUCAACCAAUCAUUCAUUUUUAAUAAACGACAUACAAAACAGCUGUUUUAUGUUUGACAGUUUGAUGUGGCCUGUUUUCAUAUAUGUUUUUAUUAUGAAAGUAGCCACUGCAAUUGAAAACUCAAUGUAGUAUUUCCUUUGUUAUUUAUAGGUUUGUAUUGUGUUGUUUUUUAGCCCCUGAAAUUCAUACGUUCUUUGGUCAUUUAAGGUGAUACACAACACUUUUAACUAAAAUUAAUUUGGAUUGUUUCAUUUUUCUUAAAAUUUUGACAAAGUUUUUAAUUUGACCCUUUGACAAAAUCAUAAAAAAAAAUAAAAAAAUGAACCAACCGUUUUAUCAAAAAAUUACGCUGCUUAUAUAGCAGUUUGACAAACAUAUAUUUUGAUCAUUGUGAAGCUUAAUAUUCUCUUAACAACACAAGGUAAUUAAAACGUUUAGCUGAUUUCACAGAAUUAUCUCCCUGUAGUGUUAGGUACCACCUUAAAGACUAAAUCUUUUUAAAUAAAGAGCUAAAA